AUGCGUCUGGGAGCAAGCAGAGUGCCUCAACCCACCAUACUCCUGGCUGAGGAUGGAGUCGAGAUUCAGCGAGCUGUGUUCCCGACAUCCUCGAAUGGGAGUGACGAUGGCCACCGAUGGCCAUGUCUUGGGGAGAUCCUGCUACAAGGGGUGAGAGGGGCUGAGUGGCGGUUGCGAGGACGGCUGACAUCACGGGCGUCAACAUUCCUGCUCCACCUGGAUCACCGCUGUAAUUGGUGUCCCACUCCGCAAAUGCCGACGCAGCUCCUGGUAUCGGCGCAGUGCAGACAGCAGCCAGAGACUUCCGAGGAUAGUGCAAGGGAUACAUCCGUGCCACAAGAUCCAGCUGGUCGCCGGCGAGUUCAGGCGUGCAUGCGUCGCCUGCAGACCGGCAGCCAGAGCAGAGGUCCAAUCCUCGCCCGACAUCCACACCCUCUGCGAAGCAGGAAGUGCUCAGCAUGUAGCCAUCAUGGGUGUAUUGGGCUCAAUGGGAGUAUCAGGGAUCUGAUCGAAGAGGUAUUCGAACACGAGCUCCGACUCAGUCUUCGCGCCCUGCCCACUGGGUGA